GUGUAUGCGUUUGUUUUUGGGGAUUCAGGAGUGCGCACUGGCUCCCCUCACUCCAAACUCGCUGCAUCUCCCUUCCAAGAAAACUCCUCCAGAUUUCAGGAAGCCUCCGGAUUGCUUUGAUUGGAUGUACCGACAAAAUAUUAAAAACCAUUUCGGAAGAAGGAUAGAGGGAGUUUAGCUUGUUUUUAUCAGCGCGAAAGGAGGCAAAGCGCCGUUACGAGUCGACUCGAGAGAUUUAUCCGACACUUCUGGAAAAGCGGCGCUCUGCUCUUGCGUUAUGGAUCGAUAGUACGAAACUUUCUGGGAGUGAGGAGAAAACUCCUGUAGAGCCCGAGAAACGCCGUCUGUGUGGAAUAAAAAGAGAGUUGAGGGCUGAUAAGUCGUUUUAGACGCCGUUUCAGUGAUGGAUGGAGCAGUUGUGUUGAUAUCGGUGCUGGUGCUGGGUUUGUGUGGAGGUGUCUGGAGCGCCUCGUAUCCUCAGCAGUAUAACCUGUACACGGGCACACAGACGCAGAAUCAGCCCUUAAACGGGGCGAGGGCGGCGAGCAGACACAGAAACUGGUGUGCCUAUGUGGUGACCAAGACUGUGAGCUGUGUGGUAGAAGAUGGAGUGGAGACUUACGUGAAGCCUGAUUACCAGCCAUGCUCCUGGGGAGUUCAGUGUGCACGUGUAGUCGUUUACAGGACCUACAUGAGGCCCAGAUACAAGGUUGCUUACAAAAUGGUAACAGAAAUGGAGUGGAAGUGCUGCCAUGGAUAUAGUGGACAAGACUGUAACGAUGGACCAAAUGGGGGAUCUGAUACUCACAUCUCAACAGGCAGACCUGGGAAUGGGAGAGGUGACAAUGACAAGAUGAGACAACUGGAGGACAAAAUCCAGAGGUUGACCAAAGACCUACAUGACCUGCAGUCAACACUGCGUGGCAUGAAUGAGAAAUUCCAGGAGGAAAUACGCAAACCUGGUAUUAAUAGUGGCAAAACACCAGCUGAUGCAGCUCAGCCUGAAAUGAAAGAGACUAUCCAUAACAUUCAGACCAAGCUGGAUCAGUUAGACAACCGUACUCAAGCUCAUGACAAGACUCUAGUCAGCAUAAAUAACCACCUUGUGAAUGGCAAAGGUGGAGGCAAUGAGCUAGAUGUUAGUGGAGUAGGGGGAAACAAGUUUAACAUCUUGAAGGAGGAAAUACUCAGAGAGCUUGAACGUCGAGUGACACUUUCUUGUUCCGCCUGUCAGUCUGGAGUGGAAGACCUGAAACGACAACAGCAACAAGAUCGGGAGAGGAUCUCGGCUUUGGAAAAGCAGAUUAGUGCCAUGGACCAACGUCACCGCCAGACUCUUGAUGGUUUACGCCGAGAUCUUAGCCGGUCACAAGGCUGCUGUGAUACUGUGACAGACUUCAGAGCACGACUUAAUGACAUGGACAGAAAGAUAAGCUCCACAUCAGAAGCGUAUGACAAGCUUCAGGACCGUCUGAAUAGACAACCAGGAGGAACUGGAGGUGGUGGAAGUAUUGGAGGAGGAAUAGGUGGACAAGGACAACUCCCUUUAAUGCCAGAAGAUUUUUUCAGUGACAGUCUAAAAGACCUGGAGAGACGACUCAACAACACUGUUCAGAGAGC